AUGUUCAAUUAUAGAAAAAAAAUUUGUUUUUUUACAGACAAUGUUCAGUUUUGGCCUGUAGGUGAACGGCCACAUUCAUAUAGUUUGAUACCAGGUGUUCAUCAACAAGGACAUAUUAUUAAAGACAACCUAGGGUUUCUUUACUUUAAAAGUAAAAUAUUAGAAGACAAAGUGUACUCAAAAUGUAAAGAGAGAUGCCCAGCCACGGGUUCAAUUUCUUCUGAUGAAAAUAAUAAACAUUUUCAACUGCGGACGUUACAUAUAACCAUGACGUGCGACCAUCAGAUACAGAAAUGA